CCAGGUGUUUGAAGGGACAUGGGCAACACAUCGUCCGCCCCAGGGGACGAGGCCGCUGGUUUGGCUCACCAGAUGUGUGGGUGCCAGCGGGGGGACGAACCCGAACUGAGUCAAGCGCUGCUGAGUGGGAGUGCUUGGAGGGUGACGAGGGUACUCACGAACGCACCCCAGCUCGUGGUAGGCAAUGCCGUCAUUUCUGCACGUUUGCACUGUUUGUGAGGGUCGGCUUGUGUGCGGGGCUCGUUGUGUGCAGGAGUCUCCCCUAUUAUUUGAGGGCAACGCCAAGCUGCUCGCUGCCCUGGAGAAGGUGAUGCAGCGCAAGGACAUCUCGACCGUCAAGGCCCUUCUCGAGGCAGGUAUCUCACCCAACGCCCCGCUCGCUCAGCCACCACCUCCAACUCGGAAACGGCCUCCGUCAAGCACCGGCCCUGUGGGGUCGUGCACGGGCGGGACAGAGGGCGAUGAGGCCGGUGCUGCUGCGGUGGCUGACAUGAGUGGGGAAGAUGCGGGUGUGGGCCAUGUGCCGAUGUGGUUUCAGCACUCGUGUCGCGUGCCGCUGUGGAACAUUUUCGUGCUCAUGCUCGACCACGGGGCCGACCCAGGUAGAUUGGGCCAGCAUCCUCAAUCUCACGCGAAAGGGUAUAUGCCCUUGGCCGUCUCGUUUGUGGAUGCAGAAUGUGGUCUGGUGGCGGCAUGCCUUGAAGGCAGCGCCGAUAUGGUAAAGAUGCUCUUGGUGAAAGGGGCGAACCCCGACAGAAUCCGAGUGAGAGAUGAGCUGUUACAACACGGCCCGCAGUGCAGGCACACAGGUACGUAUCUGCGCGCUGUGCAUUGAUCAGGAGGGCAGGACCCCACUGUCAGCCGCGGUGGAGAGUGAGGUCGACCGUCAUCGGAAGGUGGAACUGCUGUUGCAGCAUGGGGCCGACCCCAACUCGCCCCUCCCUGACGAAUCCUCCCCGCCCCUCCUGAUGAAGUCACCAUGAAACGGGACAUCAAAUCGGUACGUCAGACAGACAGGAAGGGGAAUGGUCAACGAAUGAUAGGUGUGUCUGUCAUUUGUUCGUUGUCAGCUGGGUAUGUUGCUGGAUGCGGGUGCUGAUCCUAACGUGUCGAUGGCUGAGGAGGGUUUGCCGACUCCGCUGUUCUACAGUGUGUACUGGGGCAAUGUGGAUGCGGUGGAGAUGCUCUGCAGAUAUGACGUGGACCUGGCCAUGCGCAAGUACACUGAUGAGGAUGUGUUCGAGGUCGCCAGGAACAUCCUCGACUUCUCAAAGGUGAGCCGCCCUGUCUCUCUCCGUCUGUACGUGGCCGACUGGCUGUGUGGGUCGUGUGGGGUGGUGGUUGCUUUGUUGCAGGUGCCCAAGCCGAAGCACAUUGCCCGGCUGCUCCUCCCAAACACCCCCACAGAGACGUGUGCAAAGAUACUCGACGUACUAGGUACGACGCCGAACACAGUAAAAGCCUCCUUUGUGUGUGGAUUUUGCAAUAUCCGUGAUGCUGCAGAGGAGUGUCGGUCGCGACAGCAGCAGCGGCAACAGCAGGAAGCCCGUCUAGACGCGCCAUCCACCACGUCAGGAUCAGCAUCAGGGUCAAGCUGCUCGGCUGUCUUCGAGAGCCCCUGCCGCGAGAGAGACAGCAUCUCAUCCAUCGUGGCUCCGCCCCCCCACAUAGUGGUCAACCGUGUCUCUGUGGGGGUCAUGCCGCCCGACCCGCUGGAUGAGAAUGAUCCACUGCGCACACAGCAGGAUGGGCACGAUGGGGGCGAGGGUGAUGAUGAGAGUGGAGAGGUUGAUGACCGUGCGAUGAGGGAUCCCGAGCUGAGGCGGCAGACUAUUUCUAUCGACAGGCAGCUGCAGGGGCAGGGCAGCAAGGACAGUGCCCUCUGGUACAGCUAUGGCGAAUGAGUGGCUGGAUGGCUAUGGGUGCGGUCAAAGGUUCUUCUGCCCCUGGGUGCAUGGUGUGCGCUUGCAUCUUUCUUCACGUGUGUGGUUUGCGUGGUGUUUUGUCUUCUUCAUUUGUUAGCCAACCAACAUACAUACGACGGUCUCAUUUGUUCAUGUCUGUACUCACAGACCCCCACGCAACAUGUAUGUCAUGUCUGUGUGUGUGUGUGUCACUCGUCACCGGACUUGACCCCACCCAUCCCCUCUUCAUUCAUUCAUUCGCUGCAAUAGCAACAUACAUACGUGCGCACGUCACGUACUGACUCAAUUCGAAGCAUCCACC